UAUGCAUAGUAUUCUCUUUGUUGGCAAUACUAGCAUUUCUUGGAUGCAACAGGUCAUAAUAUGAGUAGCACUACAUACUAGUAGUAGUAGCAGCAGCAGCAGUACUAGCUACUAGAAAUAGUAGUUGUCCAAAUUUUUUUCUACCAGAUUAGACCUGUGGGUGGCAAAGUUUUCAAUUGACAGAAAAAAUUCCUCAACCACACACGCACCCAACAAAAUAAUGCCCUAGAACGUCUUUGUGAGGAAAGCGACUACGAGUGCUUUGUUUGUACCUUAAUCGUAACGUACGGUGGAACAGACUGACGCCAUUUCUUGCCUCAGCGUCCGUCAUACGUCAGAAAAAACGUACGCAAUACAGACCAUUGAAUUUAAAUCGUGUUUCGUCUCUGUUCGAUUGAAUACAAGGCCUAAGUCCACUUCAUUACUGUAGAGUACCAUACUACUCGUACCAUCGGUACCCAGUAUGACGCACGGCGGUAGCGUUUUUUACCGCGUGGCAAUAAUAAUGAUACCAGUCAUAAAUAUUGUAUUAAUUGAGCGCAUAUUGUGAUGUCAUAACAAAAUAUAACAGGUACCAUUACUUCUGCGAAUCCUGUAGUCCCAAACACUCUUUUUCUUCCCUCGAUGUGAGUAAUCUUACCGUGCUAAAAGUGCGACAGAAAGCUCGAGACAAGUUUUAUUUACAGUAUGAGUACUCGUACGUACUGUACCAACUACGAAACCCUUACAGUACUGUACGGUAACUUACCGUGCGCUCCGCGGGCAGCACGGCAAGGCAAGAGAGUAAGUCCCACCAAAUUUUUGCAGACGGUCUUCUCGUUUUUUGCACGCUAUUUUGCAUCCGCAGAUGGCGCAUAAAAUGAAAAUAACUGAAAAGGAGAAGCCAACAUCCUGUCAACAUAGUAACAAACACAGUAUGCAAAUAUUGCCAAAUUCAAUUUUGACUUCAACAUUUGCAAACACCAUGUCGAAUCCUAUUCCAUCUGCAGCGCUUUCGUCAACCACACCAACAACGUCGAAAAAACGCUCUAGUAAAAUAUCAAAGAGAAGAGAGGGAGAAAACGCCCCCAUCUUCCUGCGAAAGUAAGUAUCAAAAUGCUCCGUGUAUUUUGCUUCCCUUCGAUCGAAUGAAACUUUUCGUGCAAUCGUUGUUUUUUUAUUUUUCGGGUCCUGAGAUGUAAUCCCGCCAUCUAUUUAUUCUCAGAUGCUGCAAAAGAGCUUCGUAGUGAGUUUCAGCUCCAGCCUUAACUUGAUGUCGGUAUUCAUACCCAAUUUGAAUGGUCAUGACUUUGAACAGUCCCAUUGACACCAUUAAUGGCGCACGGUAGAAUAACGUAGAAUACUGCACGUAGAUUGACGCACGUUUGAAAUAUAGUCUGACUCAAAAAGCAGAUUCCAAAUUCUACCUCAUGUAACAUCGCUUUCAUCUCUAACAUUCUCUGUUUCUGACAUCUCUUUCUAACACACACGCUACCUCUUUUCACUUUAGAACGUACGAAAUGAUCAAUACUUGUGACCCUGAAAUUGCAACAUGGUCAGAAGACGGGACAAGUUUCGUAGUGAAGGACCCAGAAAAAUUUGCAAGCGAAGUGAUCCCUUCCUUUUUCAAACACAACAAUUUUUCAAGUU